AUGGCAGUCGACACAAAUAGGGUAUCCGAGUUGUCCGUGUGGUGGAGCAGUGUAAUUGAUUCUCCAUUAGAGAUAAUUGUUGGUACUUACUUCUUGUAUCAAAUACUGGGCGUGUCUUGUCUGUUUGGAUUAUUGGCAAUGAUUUUCGUUCUUCCGCUCAAUCAUGUGGCCGCAAAGUAUUAUGCCAAAACGCAAGAUAACUUAAUGAAAGCGAGGGAUCACAGGGUCAGCUUGAUGACUGAGGCAAGUUCUAAUGCGUCGUCAUUCCAUUUUUUGGUAUAUCCAAAAAAGGUCCUUCAAGGUAUUCGAAUGAUCAAAUUCUUUGCAUGGGAGAAAAACUGGGAAAAGAGGGUUCUAGACGCACGAAGGACGGAACUCAAACAACUUCGUUACAAUUUUAUAUAUUUGGCCCUGCUCGACCUGUUAUGGAUGGCUUCACCUAUUUUCGUGACAAUAAUUAGUUUUUUGUAUUAUACCAAGAUUCAAGGCAAUCAACUUACAGCGGCUGUCGCAUUUACUUCAAUAGCGAUUUUCAAUGAACUUCGUUUUGCCUUGAAUGUUCUGCCCGAACUUUUCGUAGAUGCAGUUCAAGCCUUGAUCAGUCUCAAAAGGAUAGAUAAGUUCUUACAAGAAGAUGAAAUAGACACUUCUCUUGAAAAUGCUGUCUCUCAUGGGACCACUUUAAUAAGUUUCGUGAAUGCUGUUGUAACAUGGAAUAAGAUAAAGAAUGCGGGAAAUGACAGUAAUGGUGAGGUUAACGAAUUUUUGAUGCGCGACUUGAAUUUGAAUUUUCCGAUUGGAGAGUUGAGUGUCAUAUGUGGACCAACUGGUUCUGGAAAGACAUUGCUAUUGCUAUCCCUUCUUGGAGAAACCAAUGUUUUGAGUGGUAAGAUCAAUUGCCCACGUUCUCCCACUGACCGACCCGAUAAAGAUAUAAACGCACUCAAUUGGAUUCUUCCAAAUGGCGUUGCGUAUGUUGCACAGCAACCAUGGCUUCAAAAUGCUUCUAUACGAGAUAAUAUAUUGUUUGGCCUUCCCUAUGAUGAAGAGCGAUAUAAUCAGGUGAUAAUGAUGUGCGCUUUGGAAAAAGAUUUUGAAGUUUUUGAGGAUGGAGACAUGACAGAAAUAGGCGAAAAGGGGAUAACACUUUCGGGGGGACAGAAACAAAGAUGCGCUUUAGCUCGAGCGGUAUAUUCACGGGCAAAACAUAUAUUAAUAGAUGAUGUUCUUAGUGCCGUUGACGCGCAUACCGCUCGACACCUGAUGAAUGAAUGUUUAUUGGGGCCACUGAUGAAAGGUCGUACGCGAAUUCUUGUAACACACCAUGUUGGAUUAUGCUUAUCAGUUGCAUCUUAUUUGGUCGUAACUAAUAAUGGUGAAGUCAGAGCCUCCGGAAAUUUACCCGAAUUACGAAAUUCUGGAACGUUGGUUUCGGUACUGGAAGAAUCCGAUAGUCGAAUAGAAUUUCAAGAUCUUGCUGAAACGACAGUCGAGAAUGUUAUUAAAUCGAAUACCGACAAAACAUCAAAAAAGUUGUAUCAAAAAUUACUCAAUCGGGUUAUUCGAGCGCCGCUAAGAUUUUUCGAUACGACACCUGUCGGAAGAAUUUUGAAUAGGUUCAGUAAGGACUUCGAAACAAUCGAUAGCAAUCUGAUAGGUAUUACGGUAUAG